AAGAAAGAAAGCGCACGAAGUGCACGAAUCGGUAAAUCGUAACCUCCUACGAACCUAUCUUCUCUCCCGCUACGAAACCCUCCCUCACCACUUCUGGAAGUUGCACCGUUUUCGUCGCUUCAUAAUUCCACAACCGUCUCUUCAUCUCUUCAACCCGUCGUAGCUGCCGCAACCACCACCGUAGCGGUUGAGGAAGCCGUUAUUACCAAACCAUCGCUGUACCCUAAUUCUUCGUCAACCAGUUCUCUCACACGAAUGUUUUCGCUUUAAAUAAUGGAAGAAAAAAUAGUUGCAUCUUCUGAUAAAGAGGAAUUAAAGCAAGUAAAUAAAAGUUGUGAUGAUAGUUUAGUUGCAAUUGUUGCUUGUGAUGAAGAUGAAGAACCUAGAACUGGAAUGAUAUUUGGUUCCGAAGAAGAUGUUACUCGAUAUUACACGAAUUAUGCUAAACGAAUGGGUUUCGGAGUUGGAAAAAUAAGUUCGAAAAAUGGUGAUGAUGGAAGGAAAUACUUUACUCUAGCAUGUAAUUGUGCGAGGAAGUAUGUGAGCACUUCAAAGAAUCCUUCAAAGCAAUAUCUUACCUCGAAAACACAAUGUAGAGCUAGAUUGAAUGCGUGUAUAGCUUUAGAUGGAACGAUUACUGUUUCAAGAGUUGUUCUUGAGCAUAAUCACGAACUUGGCCAAACCAAAGGACGGUAUUUUAUAUUGGACGAGAAUUUGGGGCCUCAUGUAGAGAAGAAUUUAGAACUUAACGAUCAAGGUGCAGUCAAUGUUAGCAGAAGUCUUCAAUCUGUGGGUGUUGGAACGAAUGGGUGUGAGAAAUUUACUUUUGGAGAAAAGGAUUGUAGAAACCAUGUACACAAAGUAAGGCGGUUAAAACUUGGGAGAGGAGACGUUGAUGCGAUUCAUAGCUUUUUUUUUAGAAUGCAAAAGCUAAAUAGUCAAUUUUAUUAUGCAAUUGAUAUGGAUGAUAAGAGGAAUUUACAAAAUUUAUUUUGGGCAGAUGCGAGGUGUAGGGCUGCAUACGAGUAUUUUGGUGAAGUCAUAACUUUUGACACUACUUAUUUUAGAAAUAAGUAUGACUUGCCAUUGGCCCUUUUCGUUGGAGUGAACCAUCAUGGCCAGUCUAUUUUGUUGGGUUGUGCAAUAUUAUCGAACGUGGAUACUAAAACUCUUACUUGGUUGUUCACAAGAUGGUUGGAAUGUAUGCAUGGACAUGCUCCAAAUGGCAUAAUUACCGAUGAUGAUAAAGCAAUGAAAAAUGCAAUUGAGGUUGCCUUUCCAAAAGCUCGUCAUCGAUGGUGCUUGUGGCAUAUAGUGAAAAAGGUCCCAGAAAUGUUGAGUAAACACUCUUAUUGUGAGUCUAUCAAAACACUUAUGCAUGAUGUGGUAUAUGAUUCUCAAAGCAAAAGUGAUUUCAUGGAGAGGUGGGGAAAUAUGAUAGAACAUUAUAAACUACAUGAUAAUGAAUGGCUAAAAGAGUUAUUUGAUGAGCGACAUCGUUGGGUUCCUGUGUAUGUGAAGGACACAUUUUGGGCUGGAAUGUCAACUACACAAAGGAGGGAAAAUAUAGAAUCAUUUUUUGAUGGUUUCGUAAGUUCAAAGACAACGUUGAAGCAAUUUGUUGAACAGUAUGAUGAUGUAUUGAAUGAUAAAAUUGAAAAGGAAAGCAUGACUGAUUUUGAUUCCUUUAACACAACAAUUGCAUGUGUAAGUCAUUUUGGUUUUGAGGUCCAAUUUCAGAAAGCAUUUACCAAUUCAAAAUUCAAAGAAUUUCAAGUAGAAGUUUCUUCUAUGAUGUAUUGUAAUACUAGUUUUGAGAGAUUGGAGGACUUGAAUUCAAUAUUCUCUGUUACUGAAAAUAAGAAAGUAAAUGAGAAAAUUAAAGAUAUGGUGUUUAAGGUAUCUUUCUAUGAAAAAGACUUCAAAUUACAGUGUACAUGUUGCUUAUUUGAGUUUAAAGGAAUUUUAUGUAGGCACAUUCUUUGUGUGCUUAAGCUUAUUGGUAAAACCGAGUCAGUGCCACCUUAUUAUAUCUUGUCACGGUGGAGGAAGUAUGUAAAGCGGAGAUAUACACUGAUUAAACGUGGUUUUGAAGAAUUGCAACGUGUUAAUAAAGCAUGUGAUGCAUUUUACGAAGUUGCUUCUACAAGCAUAAACUCUGAAGCUGAUUUACUGAAAAUGAUGAAUUGGAUCAAGGACUUGAAAAAUGUAUUAACUUGUAAAGGGCCGUCCUCCAGGAUUACAGAAGAACAUAGUUCAAUUCCAAACCAUGUAACUAGGAUUUUUGACUCAGCAGUAACUCAAAGUAAUGGGUGUCUUCCUUCCAAAAGGAAGACAUCUGACAUUGAUCAAAUUUUGGAGAAGAAGCUUGCAAGAAAUAAAACUCAAAAGAACAACCAGGAAAACGAAAAGGAUCAAAGUCAAGAAGAGUUUUGGAUUUUUUUGUGGCAGGGCUUGUGUACACCUAUUGUUCAAGAAGUUGAAGAACAUCUUGGCGAUAUAGUCCAGGUUUUAAAUUGUCCUCAAACCAUAAGCCAGAAUGGUUCCUCUUCUGAACUUGUGCGAGGCACAACACAAUAGGAAUGAUCAACCAUCAUCAUGAAGACAUAGAUCAGCCACUACUUGGGCAUGACAAUUAUAGUUGUUCCUUGUUAAAAGAAGUGGAUUGCUUUUGCAAAUAUGUAGAUAUUUCUUAUACCAUUUAAAUAGGUAAAUUUAGAAAUUUUUUGACUUCUUGGAUGUUUGAUAAGUAAUCUUAUUGAAACUUGAAGGCUUCAAAAGUAUCUAUUUUCAUUAUAUUUAACAUUCAAAUAUGACAACAAUGUAAAUACAAUGGCAAUUUUUGCAUGGCAUGCUCAAAAUUUUUAGCUUAUAUAUACAAUAGCUAUGUUAAAAUAUUCAUCUGAUGCAUAUUUGACUUGGCCUUUAUCGACUCAAAAAGUUGCUUCUUUCAAAUCUUUUUGGAACUGAGAUUUUCACAUCUGUAAUAAAAAAUUGAACAUAUCCUUUGAAUUCUACUUCUAACUCUCCAUGGAGUUUUGACAAAAUUCCCAACUGCAAUUUAGUAGCACCUAAGCUCUGCAGUAGUACAUCAUUAAGUUGGCUUUGACUGCAACAAAUAUUCUCAGUUCAUUAUAUUAUAACUCCAACUCCAACAUGAGUUUGCCUUUUGAAGCUAACACAGUUUAUUGCAAUGAAUCGGCCUUCUUCAUGAAUGAGUUGUAUUACAAUGAUUCUGUCUUCUAUAUGAAUAAGUUGUGUGGCUCAUUGGUGGAAGUGGAACACAGGUUAGGGAAACCGAACCUUCGGCCUAACUAGGCACGCUUGCUUGGUAAUGCUCUCUUGCUCAAGAUCAUGUAAUAUUGUUCAGGUAUAUAGAAUUAUUAGAAUGAUUGGAUUGCUGUUUUUUAUGAAUGUGAUUGAACUGCAUGCUCUAUUGUACUAAAGGGAUAGGACCUUAUAUGGUAGUAUUAAAUUUUAUACCUUAUCAGAAGGAACCACCUUUAUUAAUACCAUCCUUUAUAACAAAAAGACGAAGCAUGUCUGGAAAAGAAUAGUUCCUCAUAUUUUGUAAAAAGUUAGCUAUGCAGAUGUAAUUCCUCUACAGUAUGGUGGUAAUAUUACCACUUUGACUCAUCUGAGUUUUGAAAGCCAAUAAUCUAAACAUUUAAUAUCAACUUGAACUUAGAUGAAACUCGUUUAGUCGGUUAUCGAAGGAAAUUUCCAAGUAGCUUUUGGUCCAAAACCAUUUCUAAAGCCUGCAUAAAAGAACCUACUAGUUGUGAGAAAAGAGAGGUAUAUUGCUGAUAACUUGUUUUGCUUCAUUUUCUCUUGUUACACAUGAAAUUGUAAGACCAAUACUAGUGAUCAAUUGCACGGGUAAAAGAUUUUUUUUAUGACCCAUGAGUAAAAGUUAUAGAAACACUAUGAAGUGACAAUUCGUCUCACCAAAUUAUUUCUUUGCAGGAUCCUGGAAAAAAUUCUACUUAACAUUCUUAGUUUUGUUCUAACUAUUGAAAAGAGAUGAGACCAUUGAAAAGCAGAAAGAGAAUGUUUAGUUCUUAAAAAUAGAAGCAGAAAUAUCCCCUUGAAGUUGGCAUCUAUAUUAUAGAUAUAUGUAUGGAUUAAGAUGUCAACAUAUAAAUAGGGGAUCAAGUCACUCGUAGUAUCUCUUGGUAGAAUCACUCCAUUCAAUAAUAACAUGUCAUAUUGUAAUCAUUAAAUUUCACAAUCCACAAGUUGAAUUAAAAGUUCAAGUCUACAAAUUUAGCACAAAUAUGAGAUAUGAAAUAAAUAUUAGGCUUGCAAACCAUAUUAGGCUAUGACCAUAUUUUUAUCUGCAUUCAGUUGCCUAUAUUAGAUAAUAGUUACUUAACACACACUUUACCAACACCAGCUUACUAAUCAACAUUCUUUUGACACAGCCUUUUUCAAUAAUCAUAUUCUUAAUUUCUUCUCAUGGUUGUGGCUCUGAUCUUCUUCCCAAUGCGGUGAAUGUAGUCCUGAAAAUGGUCGUCAUGGCUUUCAUUUUUGCUUGCAGUAGUGGUACCAUGAUGAACUUCAUGAUCUGGUGCAGCUGUAGGGUUGUUGUGACCCCGACCGAUAGUCGACACGGUUCUGAUUUUCUUCUUAGCACUUAUAAUGAAAUUCUUGAAAGUGUCAUUGAUAUCCACCGAUUCCUUGCCUUGUUGAUUACCAGUGUAUGCCACAGCUUUCUUGGGAUUAUGCUGUGGUUGAGGUGUUGAAUAAUCAAAUUUGGUAUGGAUUGGUUCUGAUGAUGUUUCUUUUUGAGCCUUGUGAUGUGAUUUGGUUUGGACACUACUAGUCUUAAGAUUUGUUGAUGGAUAAUUUGAACCAUUGGUGAUUUGUUUAUGAUCUUGAUUGAUGCUUGAGAUUCGAUGAAUUGCUCGAAGAGCGGGAUUGCUUGUAAAGACAUGACGAAUUUUGGUGCAUACAGAAGAAUUUGAUGAACUGUUGUUGUUUUCCAUAGAAUUGUUUACUACUCAAAAGAAGUUAAAGCUAAGAAGAUUAAAAAGAUUUUGGUGCACACAAAAGAUUGUUUUAAGGUUAAGAUUAUAUAGUGUUUAUCCAAGUGUGAAAAGGAAAGAUGAAAAGCAAGAAUAUUUUGAAAAUGAGAAUGCUAACAAUGCUAUUACAAUUGUGGUUAAAGAAUAAAAAAAGUAAGUUUGUUUGAAAAA